GGCUCAAGAUUCGUUCCCUGACCUCGAACACACACCUGGCCAUGGCUGUGUUUGUGCGCCGCUUUGUGCCACGUGCCAACUUCGUCCGCUUCUUUUCCGCCGGCUCCGAAUAUGAUUUGUGUGUGAUCGGCGCGGGCCCGGGCGGGUACACAGGCGCAAUCAAGGCGGCGCAGCUAGGACUGAAGACCGUGUGCAUCGACAAGCGCGGUCCUGCGGGCGGCACCUGCUUGAACGUCGGUUGCAUCCCUUCGAAGGCGUUGCUGCAGGCCUCGGCCCUGUACCACGAGGCCAAGGCGACCUUCGAGUCGCGUGGCAUCACAGGUACCGAGAAUCUGAAGUGUGACUUCGACAAGAUGAUGGCAAACAAGAAUACGGCAGUGAAGAAGCUGACUGGAGGUAUUGAGGGGCUCUUCAAGAGAGACAAGGUCAAGUACCUGAAAGGCUGGGGCAAGCUCACUGGCCCGAACUCCGUGACUGUGGCCCUCAAUGACGGCGGCGAGGAAACGAUUACCGCCAAGAACAUCAUGCUAGCAACUGGCUCGGAGGUCAUUGAAAAGUUGCCGUUCGUAGAGGUGGACGAGGAACAGAUCGUCUCCUCCACUGGCGCUCUGGAUUUGAAGAAGGUGCCCGAGAAGCUGAUCGUCAUCGGUGGUGGCGUCAUCGGCCUCGAGCUAGGCUCCGUCUACGAGCGCUUGGGCUCCAAGGUCACAGUGGUUGAGUUCUUGCCAACCAUUGGUGGCAUCGGCAUUGACUCGGAGCUCUCGAAGGAGAUGCAGAAGAUCUUGACCAAGCAGGGCAUCAGCUUCAAGAUGUCCACGAAGGUCACCGCCGUGGAGAAGACUGGGGGUGCUCUCAAGGUCACCACAGAGCCAGCAGCAGGUGGAGGCGCUGAGUCCCUGGAUGCAGACGUGGUGCUGGUCUGCGUGGGCCGCCGGGAAUUCCGGGACGGCCUCGGUGCGGAGGAGGUUGGCGUCGAGCUGGAGGGCAGGAAGGUGAAGGUGGACGACACCUUCAAGACAUCAGUGCCGAGCAUCUAUGCUAUUGGCGAUAUCAUCCACGGCCCCAUGCUGGCUCACAAGGCUGAGGAUGAAGGCGCUAUGGUUGCGGAGUAUUUGGCCACUGGCAAGAAGCCUCAUCUUGACUACAACAAUGUGCCCUCCGUGCUGUACACGCACCCUGAAGUGGCCUGGGUGGGCAAGAGCGAGGAGCAGCUGAAGGCAGAAGGCGUCGAGUACCGCAAGGGCAAGUUUUCCUUCGCUGCGAACGGGCGGUCCAUUGCCAAUAUGGACACAGAUGGCUUUGUGAAGGUCUUGUCUGACAAGAAGACCGACAAGCUGCUGGGCGUCCACAUAAUCAAUGCCAUCGCCGGUGACAUCAUCAGUGGUGCGUGCAUUGGGAUCGAGUAUGGGGCAGCCUCUGAGGACCUGGCACGGGUUUGCAUGGCCCAUCCCACCGUCUCCGAGGUGCUCAAGGGAGCUGCGCAGAAGACUGCCUUCGGCAAGGCCGUCAGUGGUUGAGCUGCUGCUUGCCAGGCGCGGAUGUGAGGGCGAGAGCCCCCACUGCCACUUGUUUGCUGCUUGUGUUGGCCUCGGCCUCAAAUGCCUUAAACAGGCGCAACACUUGAGGAAGAUGGCUGAUUCAGACGACCAUCACUGUUUGCGUGAUCGUUUGGAAAAAGAUGCCCUAUGGCCCUUGGAGAGCAUUUCACUUUCUGUGAGAUGGCGGCUAUUGGAGGACACCAGGGAUGUGAAGUAGUGAAUUGAUCGCACCACAUUUGCCCUGCGGUUUGGAGAUGCAGAUGCUGGCAAUGUUUCAAGACUUCUUUGACGUCAUGCACAGCAUCUUUUCGGGAACGUUCAUCGCUGGAGUUGCCCUCCCAAAGCCUUCAGCAACUUCAGUGGAGGUCACUUCGCA